GAGGAGGGGAGGUAGGACGGAGGGAUGAACCGCCUUCGACGUCGACUCUCUGCGGGGAAAGUUGUUCCUCUGCUCGGCUGUAAAUGCUCGUGUUGGACGCCAAGAAGACGAACCCAGCCCGGACCGAACAUGUCGUUUGAAGUGGACGGUUGAUUUAUUUUCGUUUUUUUAUCCGAACAUUCAGGAUUUGUGCUGGAUUUUAACUCAGGAGAGAGAAGAGAGAGAAGCGUCCGCGGAGGGAUAAAAAAAAAAAAAGCUACGAGAUGGGAAAUAUGAUACUGAUGGCGCUCCUGCUGCUUCACCUGCCGACAGAGCUGCUGUCCAUCCAGGUGAUUGUCCCAGAGACAGAGAGGAGUACGACUCUGUUCGCCUCCGUGAUCCUGCGCUGCGACUACUCGACUUCAGCCAACCCUCAGGAAGUCCUGGUCACCUGGAGGUACAAGUCCUUCUGUAAAGACCCAGUGCUGGAGUACUACUCCACAGCUUUCCAGGCCGCUCUGCAGCUCGGUCAGGACCCCUCCAAUGACUGUCCGGACCGCCAGCGCACAGUCCGCACCGUGAUCCAGAAGAGAGGCAUCAGUGAGCCCACCUUGGGAGCAGACUACAGAGAGCGCAAAAUCACCAUCCAGAACAAGGCCGACCUGAUCAUCAACGAGGUGAUGUGGUGGGAUAACGGCGUGUAUUUCUGCUCCAUUGAUGCCCCCGGCGACACGACGGGGGACUCGGAUCGUGAAAUCAAACUCAUUGUGUACCACUGGCUGACAGUCCUGUUGAUCAUCCUCGGUGCUCUCCUGCUCAUCAUGCUCUUCUGCGUCUGUUGCUGUCAGUGCUGCCCGCAGAAGUGCUGCUGCUACGUCCGCUGCCCGUGUUGUCCACAGACGUGCUGCUGUCCAGAAAAAGCUGUGAUGCAGCACAGGAUGCUGCGAGACGCUCAGAAGGCCAUGGUGCCCUGGAUGGCUGGUCAACCCAUCUACGCUCCCAUUAGCUCCAACGCCUCCUCCCAGGGUGUUCCCAUACUGUAUUCAGGUUCGUACUCAGACUAUCCUGUCAAACAAAACUUUGCCAUGGCCCCCAUGGAGCUGUCACCCAUGGCCCUCCAGCAGCAGCCUCCUCCUCCUCCUCCUCCGCACCAUGUGAACCACAGUGUGCGCAGCAGCAAUCAUGGCACCGGCCAGGUGUUGGACUACCUGGAGCACCAGGUGAGGGGGCUGGAUAUGCCAGCACCUCAAGCAGCUUAUCGCAGCGUCCAAAAUAUGCCCCCGUUACAGGCUCAGUACCAGCCGGCUCCUCAAGCAGUUCCCUACACGCCUGGGCCCCCGAGUAUGUUGUCAGCCCUGGAUGAGAUGGGUGUCAGAGGGGUGGAGAGAAGAGUGAUCACCCUGCCUCCUAUUAUCCAGCGUGUGCCCAGUUUCUCCUCACGCAGGGGGAACGAAGGAGGUGGAGACGGAGCAAGAGCUGCUCCGAGAUUAUCCAGCCACUCCAGCGGGAGUACAAACCGCUCCGGAGGAGGUCUGCCACGCGCUACUCGUAACUACAGAGACGACUCUCCUCCCAGACGGGGGAUCCUGCGAGACUACAGCGACGAGUCCGACUGGGAGAACAGACGAGGAAGAGCGCCGCACGGCGGGGGUUCGAGGAACGAGAGAGGAAGCUCGUCCAGGAGGCGAGGGACUGCAUCCAGACCGCGAGCUCACAGUCGUGAUGACGUGAUGGAGGAGCUGAAAAGCAAGGCAUUUCGGAGGGAGAGGAGCUAUUCACCUCCUCAGCGUCGCGGAGGGUCGUGGAGCUCGGAUGAAGAAGACAGCAGGAGACAGAAAGGAGGUAAAGGGAAGGAUUGGCCGGAGAAGCCGCCCAGCUACUCCUCCAUAGAGGACCAGCCGGGACACAGUAACGGACGGAGGAACUACAACCGCCUUUCUGAUAGAAGCUCCCAUAGCAGCACCAGCGUAGUCAUCUGAGGCAUUUCUAUCUUUUUUUUAUUUUAUUUUUUUACCCUUUUUCCUGAAAGUUUCAAGAACGGUGAAAAUGAAGACAAACCGAAGGUAAUCUCUUCAGUCGGCGUGCAAAGAUAUAGUUGUAAAAUGUGAUAUUGAGUGUUGAAAAUGUACUGUACGGACACACUUUUACUUUGCAGGCACUGUAUGUAAGAACAAUAUAAAAUGUUUUAUGUAUGAAGAAAAGCUGUUCAGCUGAAGCUGUUCAGUACAAAUAAUGUGUAACCGUGUCCUCCUGUUAUUGGAAUGAUGGUGCGAUUAUUCUUGCUGUAUUCAGUCUUGUAGUUUAUAUGUAUGAUUUCUUACGAUGGAUAAAAGUUAUCCUGCUUUUGGUGUUUAUCAGGUAAAUGUUUAACAACAAGCAAAUUGUUGCAUAUUGUGAGCUCCUGAGGGUUAUUUGGGAUUAUCGUUGUGAACAUGUUAUGUGCAGAGACAGAAAGUGUUUGUUUUUUUAAUUUCUUAUUUUUGCAUAAUUUCUUAUACUAUUUAAAGUGUCUUUUUUUUUUUACCUCUAAAAAAUACAUAAAGUGAAUACACUUGGAAGUCGACUAAACAUUUGUAGGAAGAUUUAGAAGCUCUUAUUGUAUCUGGAUGAACAACAGCGAUGUAAUGUUUAUUCGUGUUUGAACAUGAAAAGAGAUGAAUCGUGAUUAUCACAUUUGAUUGUGUGUUUUUAAAUAAACUGUUUUAGAU